AUGGAACGACCUGUUUCGCGGGCUUCUCAUGGAGCAAGAACUGCUUCUCGAUCUUCAACGAGUACCAACAACACCAAGACCUCAAUGCAUACGGCACAUACUUCCAAUUCAAACCCUCCUGGGUCACCGGGUCCAUCACAUGCUCACCGAUUCUACCAUGCUUCUUGCCAAAGACCAUCCAGCGCUACCCCGCGAACAGUAGAGGGAGGGUCUCGCUUGACCACUCAAGCUAGCAGCGAAUCUACACGACAGCCUGCGAUGUCCGCAUUCCUUCAAGAAAAGCUACGAGAGUCUCGUCAGGCGGAGAGCGACAGGGCAUCAACAUGGUCGCGCUCACAUUCAGACGCCAAUUCUUCUAGAGAGUUUAGUCGAAGCCUAGGAUCUCCCAUUAAAAGUGUGGAGUUUGAUGGCCACCGAUCUCAUUCUCCAGCUACAACCGAGACGUCCAAGAAGAAGGGAAUGGGGGUCUUGGAUCAGGAGAAGGUAAUUUCGUCGCUUCACAAGAAGAACUUUGACCUCAAGUUAGAACUGUACCACCGCCGAGAGCGGCAAACAGCACUUGAAGAGAAAGUAGAAGCACUUGAGAUGGAAAAGUCACAAGCAGAGGAGACGAACCGCCAUCUUUCGCAAGAGGUGGAGAAACGCGACAAGGCAAUCGAAGAGGCGGUUGCUAUGAUUGUGUCGCUCGAAGCCAGCCUCGAACAGUUUGCCAAGGAGAGAUCAAUUAUUGACCAUAUCGAAGCUGAAGGCCGAUAUGCUGGACACAACCUUAACCCCUGCUACGAAGAUCCCAGACCAGCUACACGAUCACCGGAUACGACGAGGCAAGGUGGAGGUGACAAGAUCAUCAAUCGCAUGCCAAGCUUCAUGUCCGACCACAGCGAGAAUACCGAGAACUUGCGCAAUGUUUAUCUUGGAACUAGAGGCAGUGUUUUGAGUCUUGCGCAGGUUCCUGAGGGACCUGGCGAAGGCGAUCAUGGUCGCAGCCCCAGUCUGAGCGUCUUGAGUGAGAGUUCCUUUGUCAGUGUGUAUGGUUCCAAGGAAGAUGAGGAUGAUGAGCCUACCUUUAAUGGCUCUGCUAGCCUUCCACCCCUUGCCAGCACUAUCAAGCGGCCAAAGACUGCUUUUGUUACUCAUUCCUCACCGACCAGAUCAGCGCGAUCAAACUCCGCCUCUGCUCGCCAAGCACAUUUUGACUCGAUUAACAACGUUAUCGAAUACAACUCCCCUCGGCAAAGAACUGAACGUCACCACUCCUCCAUUAAGAUUGGGUCGCGACCUCAGAGCCGGGACCAAGAGGGUUCAGAGAGAUUUACCGGUCGUGCUUCGAUGUCUCCAAACCAUCAACGCCUUAAGCAUGAGAAGAUGGAUUCACUUCGACGAGUCACGACCGAUGCCCCUGGUGGUGUUAGACUGCAAGAUCAUAAUCUCCCACCGACGCCGGAUACCAUCUCUACCUCUACGCUUCGACGGUAUCAGAACUCCGACGACGAAGCAGUGCCCAGACCUCCAACGGCGAGACCAAGUUAUGGGGCUCUCUCUGAGGCAUCUGAGAAUGAUGGCAGUGGAAGCUUUGGAACAUAUUCGGGCGUCCGUCUUGAACAGGCCCCGAUGCGUGCAGUCAAGGCUUCAGCUCAAAUUAUUGACUUGAACAACAGAGUGUAUCGCGAAAACCAGGGCCGGUCAAUUCAGCGUCCUCGUUCCGCUGACGAAACUACUAUCUCUAACCGACGGGGCAACGAUUGGGAUUCCGAUACCGACGAAUCUGAUGUUGAAUCGCUCGAGUCGAGUAUCGACAUCUGGAUGCGUGAAAGUUCUAAACCUACCAAGAACAAGAACGGACGGGCUUCUCCUGAUCUCUUUAGCUUUUCACCUUCCGCAGCAGCUAAUGGUGGUUGGGCAAUGGAUGCCAUGUUUGGAGCUGGAAGCGGUGUCCAAGGAGGUGCAAGCACAGGACUCGACCCUGAUAGGAUCAAGGAUCUUAUGCCACUCCAGCAGGAGCUCUUUUCGACCAACGUGGCCCCAUCAGCACCUCGUAGAGGAUCGAGCUUAAACGCCCAGGCUGUGCAGCAAAGCAAGACUUCAUUCCUCAGCCGACCACUGGCCAAUGUUAAGGCUUCUAAGGGAGGUCGUAAGAAGGGCCAUCAGAGGAGGAACAGUGAUGAUAUCCAGAUUAGAACUGGGGGACACGCGCACACAAAGUCUGAGGGGCAGCCUGCUGGUGACCAAAAGAAGAACCAUUACCCUCCAAUCGUCCAGCAACCUACUCAGAACAAAUUCACCAAGUUCUUCCGUAGGUCGUCUACUGGACCUCCGAGCGGUGCCCCGACUCCAACUCCUCAAACGGAGCAUGGCCCUACCGAACCUCCUAGUAACGGAUUCUCGAGCUCUAAUGGCGCUUCGGCACCUCCACCUUGGAUUAGUAGGACAGGUGCAACGGAAGAGGAUCGUGACAGCGCGACACCACCACCAAUUUUACGAAAGUCACGACAAGGACGACACAUCUCGGUGGAUACGGAUAUGGCCAACGACACAAUGAUGAGUCAAGAGUCCACCACACCAAGAACACCGAGACUAUCAGGCUCGGCGAAUGAAAGGGAUACACCGGACCGAACAGACAGCCCGAGAGUGGGCGGCGCGACAGGAAGCAGGAGAAAAUGGCUACCUGCAUUUGGUCUUAGAAAUAAGCAAGGAUAG